AUGAGAGGUUUCGAGGCGCGAUUGCUCAGCGCAUAUGGACAUAGGCUGAGUCCACGGACACCACCCUCUCCCGCAGCAUUUCUCGAGCCGGCGAAAUGGCGGCAGCUCGUCCACUGCCGAGCCAGUUCGGCUCAGGCGAAUCGUCGAACAAAGUCCCUUGACCGCACGACUCCUAAUCCGGCAAAUUCACACCACGAAGAACAGCCCGCGUAUCCGUCCAUACCGCUGGAAGGCUUCGUGCCAGCGACACCGAUCUCGGAUCGAGAUCUCGCGAGCACGAGACCCGCGAAGCUCGAGACGCCGGCGCCGUUGAAACAGGAAGACUACAAUGGCCAAAUACCGAUCGGCGACCGGGCACGAUGGUUCUUCCGUCUCGGCAAGUCAUACCUGGCCUUCUACAAGACGGGGUUCAAGAACGUGUGGCAGAAUUACAAGGAACUGAGGAAGAUCCGCGCCGUGGUGGGAGGAAACCGCACGCUGGAGGAUGUGGUCAAGUAUGGCGUCAGGGGCGCAGGCACAGGCAACGACGAUUCCGUGCCCGCACCAGUUCUCACGCGCAAGGACUACCAGCUUGCUCUCCGGACACGGCACGACGUCGGGAAACUGGUGCCCUUCUCGAUCGUGUUCGCCAUCUGCGGCGAGUUCACGCCGCUGGUCAUCCUGGCGAUCGGAUCCGCCGCCGUGCCGUACACGUGCCGCAUCCCCAAGCAAGAGCAAGGUGAUUUCCUGCGGCCCGUCAAGAUCCAGCCCAGAUACGCGGCACAAGUGGAAAGGAUCCUCGCCCGGGCGGCACAAACACCCCAGAGCGGCGUGCAAACCCCGACGAGCAUGCAGUGGAAGCAGGAGUUCGUCCAAGCCUACCGUCUGCAUGUGAAUCCGUUUUCGUAUCCCGCGCCCGUGCUGGGACGCUGGUGGCACACAGUCUACUCGCGGCCGCGGCUGCAGCGGCACUGCGAAGAAGUCCUCUGCGACACGAUCCUGAUCCGGCGAGAAGGCGGGUUUGACAAACUGCCGCCGCGCGAGGUCUUUGAUUGGAGUCUGAAAUACGGCCUGCGCACGCUCACCGAGUACAUGGACGAUCUGCAGCGCGAGGGGCUGCCUAUCGACCCGGACUCGCCGGAGUUGAAGAGACUUCUGCUCCCUGUCGUCGAAGCCGAGGCCGAGUAUAUCCUCGCCGUCGAUUGGGAGCGGCUCAACCCGCAGAAUCAUUGGCUCGCGGUGUUUAGACCUAUUUGGCCGGAGAGGCCCGUCACGCCGGAUGAUGUGCACCUUGCGGAGCGCUGA